AUGUGUAAAAAAAAACAAAAAAAGUUCACUCGAAUUUUGCAUUGCCGCACCGUACUACAAGAAAAUGUUUUUGCCUAUGGUAAUAAAAUCUAUAAACAAACAACUGGUGGUGCUAUAAGUUCAUCAUUUACAUUAACUCUAGCCAAUAUUUUCAUGUGGGAUUGGCAAAAGAAAUUAGUUGAUGAACAAACUAAAACAGGUGAAUUUUAUGGCACGUACAUUGAUGACAUUUUUAUGACUUGGAAUAAAUCAGAAAAAGAAUUAGAAGAUUUAUUAAACCAGGCAAUAGCAGAACGUUGUGUAAUACCAUUUACAUCCGUUCAUCCUCGGCAUGUUUUUGCUAAUAUUAUCUUAACAUCUCAUGCACGUGCCGUAAAAUAUUCAUCAACAUUUGAAGAAUUUAAUUAUGAACGACAAUUUAUUAAAUUAAUGCUGUUAUAUAAUAUGUAA